AUGCCAGAUUCCAAGAAAGAUAUUGAGCGAAAAAAGAAAGACGUGAUAGAAAAAUUGAAAAGUAGUGAAUUAAUAGCCCAUGCUGGACCACCAUUAGCAUCACAUGGAUUCUUUUGGGAACAUUUGUCACGUAUUAAAUGUCCAAAUGAUCAAUAUCAACCAUUUGUGCAAUGUCAAUUAUGUUAUGAAAUAUUAUCAUAUUCGAUUUCGAAUGGAACAUCGACAAUAAGCUCUCCUGUGACAAACUGUCUUGAUAAAUCAAAACAAAUAAAAAAGAAUAAAACUCUUCAUAAUUAUUUAUCAAAACCUGCAUGUGUUAAUGUUUCAGUCGAUGAUAAGCGAUCAAUUACAAUUGCCUGUGCAAAAUUUUGUGCUUUCGAUUUAAGACCAUUUAAUAUUGUCAAAGGCAAUGGUUUUAAUGUUUUAUGUCAAUGUUUGAUCAAUCUCGGUCACCAAUAUGGCUGCGGCAAACUUGGUGCACCCUUAACAAGUUCAAUACUGCCUGAUCCAACAAAUGUUUCUCGCACCAUAUCACACAUAUCAGAAGAAUAUAGGGAAAAGCUGAAGCAAGUAUUAAAAGAUGAUUUACAACAAGUGAAGCUGUUAGGUAUAUCUACAGAUUAUUGGAAGAAUAGUGGUACUAGUGAGAGUUAUUUGACUAUAAAUAUUCAUUAUUCCAAAGAUGCACAGAAUAUCAGUCACAUGCUUCAAGCUUCAUUGUUCGAGCAAUCGAAGACGGGUGACAAUACUCGAGAUAAAAUUUUUGCUACUUUAUCACGUUAUGGCAUUGACCCAAAUGAAUUUCAUAUUAUUUAUGUAACUGAUAAUGAAUCGAAUCUUGUUUGUGGUCUGAAAGGAGAAGUUCAUCUUCGUUGUGUUUGUCAUUGUUUAAAUUUGGCUUUACAAAAUGGUGUUACAUUAUGUCCUGGUUUCGAAUCGUUAAUUAAAUCUUGUCAAAAUGUAUGCACCCAUUUCAAACGAUGUGAAAUGAACCAAUCAUUACCAACUAGUCUCAAGUUGAAUGUCGAUACUUGUUGGAAUUCAAUUCAUGAUAUGUUGGAAUCUAUUUCAUUAAAUUUUCAACAAUGUGAAGAUUUAUUGUUUGAUCAAAAUGAAACAUUUUAUUUAAACGAUAUUAGUAGAAAAGUAGUAAUGGAUUUUGUUAAAUUUUUAUCUUUAUUCAAAGUAGCAAGCGAGGAAAUAUCUGCUGAUAAAACGCCAACUCUCCAUCUGGUAGUGCCUUGGUUCGCGAUAUUGAAAAAUUCGUGUGAACUUAAAGACGAUGAUCACUUACUAAUAGCUCAAUAUAAAAGUGUUGUAUCGAAAAUGCUGGAUGAAAAAUUUCACAUAAUCUCGUUGCAUUAUAUUGCCACUUUUCUUUACCCAAGUGCAAAAAGACAUUAA